AUGUUUGUCAAUUUAAAAUAUGUAACACAGUAUAGAAAUUAAAAUAUUACAAUCAAAAAAGUGCACUUUUACAUAGUUCUUUAGUUACUUAAUUAAACUGAUAUACAUAUGUGAAAGAGCAGAUGAAUUGUAUUCGAACUAUGCCAAUGUUGUAUAUUCGUAGCCAUCUUUUUAGGUUACAUUCAAGUGCAAUUGUUUUAUAAAACUCAUAGAAUAUUUAACUAAUUUUAUAUCUUACACGAGAAAUAUCCUAUAUUUCUACCGUCUUAUUGUCAAAUGAAUUGUUCAUUACAUUGUUAUCUUUUGAAAUUGUUUAAACAAUGUCAAAUGAUAAGAAUCAAGAAUCUAAAAUACUAUCGCUUCAGUCGUUCGAUAGUCAGGAUGUUUCGAUACUGCAAGCAGUGCAAAACAUAUCUUCGGAAACUAACGAAGCAUUCGACUACUUACAAGAAUGCGUAAACAAUUUCGGAAGCAAAGAUUCGGGAAUAAAUUUACUUAUUCCUACGAAUAGCUCGAAUACAGGGUCACGAUUAGACGUUAACAACAAAUACAAAAGCGCCAAUGCGAAUAACGCAGAUUUCAAUUUCUACAAAAUUGGAUAUAUUUCUUUACAAAAUGAAUCGGAGAACAAAUAUAUAAAAAUGGAAAACGCAACUGCGAAAUCCAUCGUCCCGUUCGCUGGAGGAAAUAUAUACGAUGAUACGAAAGUAAUACAAACCACGAACAAUAAUACAAUCAAUUCGAUGGACGUGAAAGGUAACGACGUGUCUAUUAAAAUAAAGAAGCCUUUUAUAUUCGAGACAAAUAUUUUUACACGAAUCAAGGACAAAUCUCACACUUCAGAAAUUAAUGACGAAAGCAAUGAUCUCGAAACUAAAUUUGUGACAGCGGCUAAUCGAAACAAAAUUAAAAUCAACGGGUUAGACAUAUUACAUAAACAGGUCAAAGCGUGUAGCCAAUGUUCGAUGACGUUCAGAUACAAAAGACAUCUGGAUCGACACUUGGAAGGUCAUCAAAAGAACAAUUGUUCUCAUUGCAAUGCAAAAUUUGCCAGGCGAAAACACCUCGAGAUACAUUUGUUCCGUUCGCACGGUGAGAGAGCAACAAAGUAUCCACACUCCUGCGAUGUAUGUUCUCGUAGUUUUCCUAAACGCACUUUGCUAAAUCGCCAUCGAGCGAAGCAUAGCUAUGAGAACGGCAAAGUUUGUUCAGACUGUGGGGAAAUGUUGAAAGCGGAGGAGGAUGACAAGGUGCACAAAGAAAAUCAUUGCACGAAAAUGCAGUUCAAAUGCAAGAGAUGCUCGCAAACAUUUAGCAUCGAACAGACGUAUUUGAUUCACAUUCAGAACCAUGAUAACCACAAAUGUCCAAAAUGUGAGGUUACUUUUGCGUCCAAGAAGAAAGUGCACGAGCAUUACAAAAUGGUGCAUUCAUCGAAGUUGAAUCAUGGCGAAAUAUCAAACAGCGGUGUUUAUUUUUGCGCUGACUGUAGGCAUAGUUUCGUUAAGAAGGAUGAUUAUUCCCGUCAUUUAGAGUCUACUUCUCAUCUCAGUAAAAUAAAAGAAGCACCUCCGAGGGGCAUUUUUACAUGCUCGGUUUGCUCCAAGAAAUUAAUUUCACAAAGAGCGCUCGAUCAACACGUCAGACGUAUACACAAAGGGGAAAAGAGAUUCGCAUGCAAUAUGUACGGUUGCAUGUUUCAAUGCGCAAGAAAAUCAGAUUUGGGCAGGCACAAACAGUUGCACGUUGAGCAAAGAAACGUUAUAUGCGAACAGUGUGGUAAAACUUUUACCAGCGUUAGCAUUCUCAACGAUCAUGUUCUCUACGUACACAAUAAAGAGAGGCAAUUUAUAUGCGAGGAAUGUGGCAAAGCAUUUAAGCGAAACAGUUUAUUAAAAAGGCAUAAGUUGUCGCAUCAACAGUAUAGACCGUUCGCUUGUAUGCAAUGCAGCACUGCUUUUAAGAGAUCGCAUCAUCUCACUCGUCACAUGGAAACGUGUCAUAGAAUUACACUCGAAAGGAAGAAAAAGGUUGUAAAACUUAUGAAAACUGAAGACGGUCAUCUCGUUCCAAUACCAGAGAAACCGAAAAAGCUUAAACCUAAAAAACUGAAGAUCAAAGGAGGAUCCAAUGUAGUCAUAACGUCAAAUGAGAAAGCUAUAUUUUCUGAAAGCACGGAUAUCAUCGACGAAGAAUUUAAUUCUAAUUUGGAGUUACAGUCGCUGUCUAAUUCUGAGGAACUCUGUGAAAAUCCAACGCUGUCGUUGGAACCUAAUUUAUUAGCUACUGAUUCUGCCUCUCAAGUUCUUUCAUUAGUUGAUAUUAAUACGGAACAAAUUGUUACCGUAGAGGUUACUAGUCCAAAGACGUUGACGAUGAACGAUCUAAUAGAUCAGUUUGAAACGAACUGCACUGAAAUAUUGAACCUCAGUAAUUAUCACGAUUUGGAGUUUCAACAUGGGAUUUUGAACACUGAUCAACAUUUCUACGAUCAUUCGAGUUAUUCCGAAUUGUCGUUAGGAACCGUCGAAGGAACGUCAUUUUUCGUAGAUUCGAACAUUAACAAAGUAGACAAUUUGCCAAUGGAGAAUUAUUUAAAUCAACCGUUUCCAUUAUUUUUGAACCUUUAAUCGAACUGAAAAUUGUAUAAAAAAAAUAUUUGAAACCGCCCAAGUUACUUU